AUGAUGAUUAGAUCUGUUCUUCAUUAUACCCAUAGAUCAAAAUUUUUCAAUUUUUAUUCAACCAAAUUAUCUACAACCAUGCCAUCGCAAUUACCAGCUGCUGCAUUAGCUAGACUUUCACUAACAAACCAACAUCUCAUGCUUUCACGUACAAAUGCCACCACCACCACCACAACUACCUCACCAGCACCAGAUUCACAAACCGCCAUCAGGACCACCUCAAAAGCUCCCUUGGUGAUUCCAACCGGUCAAGGAACCAAGUAUACUGCUACUUACGCCAAUUACGCCACUACCGAAUCAGGCAAAAUCAUUUCAUAUUUCCAUGAUAUCCCCCUCGAUUUAAAUCCUGAUACAAAAGAAGCAAAUUUCAUUUGUGAAAUACCACGUUGGUCAAACGCUAAAUUUGAAAUCGCCACAAAGGUACCAGGAAACCCUAUUAUUCAAGAUACCAAAAAUGGCAAAGUACGAUUUGUAAAGAACUUGUUCCCACACCAUGGAUAUAUUCAUAAUUAUGGAGCAUUUCCUCAGACUUGGGAAGAUCCAUUUGAACAACACUAUAACUUGUAUGGUGACAAUGAUCCCUUGGAUGUCUGUGAAAUUGGAUCGGAUGUGUUGUCAACAGGAUCAGUCAAACGCGUGAAAAUUCUUGGAUCGUUGGCUUUAAUUGAUGAUGGAGAAAUGGAUUGGAAAGUAAUUGUAAUUGAUACCGAAGAUGAAUUAGCUUCGAAAGUUCAUGAUAUUGCUGAUAUAGCUAAGUUGUGCCCGGGAUUAUUGGAAGCUACAAGACAAUGGUUUCGUGAUUACAAAUUGGCAGACGGGAAACCUGUCAACGCAUUUGCAUUUGACGGACAGUUCAAGUCGGCUAAGGAAACAGUUAAAAUUGUUCAAGAAUGUAAUUCUAGUUGGCGGAAUUUAGUUGAUGGUAAAGUUGCCAAACAUGAGAAAUUACCCAGUAUUUUAAACACAACUUUGGACAAUACACCUGGUCAUGUCAACGAUUUUGAAAUAAAAUUGACAAAAUCGGUGGAACCGGAUGGACAAAUUCCUGUUGAUACACACAAGAACUAUUUCUUCAAAACCAAUUGA